AUGCCGGCGGGAGCAGAUGAUAGAUUAAAAGUGUCCCGUUUUAUACACCUGCAUUGCUCACCCGCUGACUGGCCCGACCGGGCGUCCUCGUGUCAUGAAUUCCCCAAUCAGGCCAAGGCCGGCAGGUCUAGAACGCCGGUGGAAAGUCGCAGCCCGAGGGUCUUGGCUGUCAGUCUCUGCGUCUGGCCCUUGGGUCAAUUUCCCAGGCGUCAUGAUCCCUUUUUCUGUCUGUUCUUCUCUUACUCUCUGGUCUUUCUUCCCUCCUUCAAUCUCGCUCUCUUCUCCACUGUACCAUCAUCAUCGUUUACCAUUUACCUCUUCUCAUCAUCACACUUCUCCCAUCUUCUCAUCUUUAACCUUCCUCUUCUUCCCUUUUCCAACCUUCCCUGUCACCUCUCGUCCUUCUCCUCUUACUACUUCCCCCUCUUCCUCCUCCACUCCUCUUUUAGUGUCUCCCCGGUCUCUCUCUUAACACUGCCCGACCGUCCGUUUUGCUUUCCUUCCUCUAACCAACGCCUAUUCGUUUCCCCCUCCCUCCCGUUCUGCCACCACUGCCACGCCAGCCAACUUUUCAUGUGUUGUUUGUGUUGGUGA